AACGGAUAUCCGUUUAACUUUCACAACAUUUUUAAUUUUCAAUUUUACGUAUUAUGACUCCGUGUUCAUGGCCGUAAGUUUACAUAGCAAUAAUUCAAACAUAAAUAUGAUUGUUAUGUAGUAUUAGAGCGUCAAACCGUAAUAGGUUUUUGGUAUUUGUUAAAUUAGCCUACGUCAUUUGCUUAUAAAGAUACUUAUAUGUGCAUGUCAUCCAAUGCUUAUAUACAUAUGGCUGAGAAAUUCCGGAAGAUAGGUUGGCUUUUUAUCCGAAGUGCUUAUGUGGGAAGGACGUGGUUUAUAAUAUAGUUUCAGUCUUUGGUCUGACAUUUGAGAGUGUCUGUUGUUUAGCCUAUGGAAUUUUGUGUGAUUUUAUGGCUUUUGCGCUUCAAUAUUUGAUAUAGAUUGAUGGUUGACGUAUAACAUCGCGGUACACAUAUUCAGAACGAAUUAUGACAACAUUCAAUCGAACAUUUGAAGAAUGAAAAUGCCUCUAAACUUUCUCAAUCGCCAAUCACUGAACUUGGAACACUUACGGCGACAACAAUGGCGAGACAGUACAGAAAAUAUCACGGUAAAUAAUUUCAUAUAUCCUUGAAUAUUUAGGCUGUUAUAGACUUAUUACCCUAUAGGUGACUAAUAUAUUACCAGGUAACAAGUAUUUUAUUAUAAUACUGGAUAUACAACGCGUUUAGUAUGAAAAUAAUUCGUUAAAUUAUACACUUUUUGUACAUUAUUGUGAAAAGCCAGUCAUUAUGUGGUUGACCAUGACAAAAUACUGAUUUUGUGAUAAUGAACCCUUAAUGACACUGCACAAUGUACAUUCCAUCAUGCUAUUUGACUAUACUUGAUAUUGUCAUAAUGGUGGUUGAUUUUAUUGCAAAGCUGGCCUGGAAAUAGCGGCCACAAAUCAGAUAGUUUUAUAAUAAUGUAUUAGCUACGUUAUGGGAAACUAUGGGAAACUAUUUUCAAAGGUGAUAAAACUAUAAAAGCUAUCAUUUAGUGGGAACCACACAACCGUAGUCAAAGCAAACUUUUCACUUCAAUUAAAUCGUUACAAUACUAGUGAAAUAUUAUUCAGCAGUUUCGAACUAGUUCAAAAGCAUGAUACUGUAAAUUUGAUAAAAUAUAAAUGUCUAUAAAAUAGUACUGAUACACUAUCAAUAUUUCGGUUAUUUCCCAUUUAUCCAAAACGUCCUAUAAAAUUAUAUCUAUAGACUAUAUAUAUCUCCAAUAAAAUAUAUCACUAGGUUUAUUACUAUGGUUUAUUCUUUACAGUCAGAUACAUUUUUAUCGGAUAAUUUUGUAGAAAAUGUAAUUUGAUCAAUUAAUAAUCUGGUUCUAAUUAUCGGCUCAUUGAAGAGCACAAUUAAUAACCCAUGGUAAGGUCUAGAACAGAUAUAUUUGAUCGACCACGUAACAACACGAAGUAUUCACGAGUUGCCGAGAGGCAUGGUGGUUUUGCAUGGUGUGCUAUGGUCGAUGGUCACAGAUAAUCCGAUUUUGUAAGCAUUUUAACUUAAGAAUUCCGCUGCCUUUGCAACGCUGUAAGAUUUUACAACUUUAUUAAAACGUUUAGGCACUAUAUCAAUAUAAUAUAUGGUUACUCAGCGGUGCAUAUUUGCUAAAAUAAAGUGCAAUUAUUUCACUUUUAAUAUAGUUGAGUCAAAUCGCAAGACCUCUCGUAAAUGGCGAAGCAGUCAUGUUAAGUACUCCGACCCCAGAACGCCAGGUAAGCUUUUAACAAAGUUUUUAAAGAAAUUUAGACGCCGCAUUCCGCUUAUAUUGCGAACACGAAAUCGUGUCAAUAUAUUGAGGUCAUAAAUAUUUCGUUUGUGAAGUUUUAUUUGCGAGAUAAUGAGAUUUCAACUAAUGAUAUGUCUGGCCUAAAUUCUUUGAAAAAUUGACUGGCGGUCAAGGGGUUAUUUAUAUCGUUGAUGUGAGAUAGAACUGCUAUUAUUAUUGAUGUUUUUAACUUGAAAUUGUUGAGGAAAUCGCUUCCUUAGACACAAGACGAAAUACGAUCGGUUGAUAUUUGACCUGAUUUUGUUUAUGCAACAAAAUUCAUGUGGCAUAUGCAAAUUGAACGUUUUACCGAGGAAGACGCGUUUGAUUUCUGAUUCGUACAAAGUGAAAUUAUUAAAGUGUCAAGUGAAUUUAUAUUUCACAUGAAUGUAAGACAAAGGCUUUUCAUAAUAUGGACUGACAUUUCUUUGAAUUUGUGGUCUUUGAAUUCGUUGCAAAAUUUCACACCUAAUUCAAUGAAGAUCAAGCUUUAUAAAAAAUGCAAUCUUUGACUUUUAGUAGUUGAUGCUAUACAAAAGGGCAAAAAUAGAAAAAGGAUAUAUUUUUUCGCAAUGGUGAACAGUUUAAUUAAAAUACACUUAUAGUUUUAUUUCUCACAGCUGGGUCUGAAAAUUGUAUAUAUUAUAUAACCUUUCCACAAAACCCUUCCACAGAAUAGAGACCUUACCAAAGGCAGACUUCAUGGUUUUAUCAAUGAUUUUGAUGUAAGGCCACUACAAGUUAAUCUUUAGUUUCUGGUCCGGCCUUACCACAGAAUAGGAAGUUAUACCAGAAGCGUAACUCUAGUCGUUUCCCUUAUUGUUUGACGUCCACGAAAAUUUUAACUCGCUCAUGUCAGGCCACGCCAUCCUGGCUAGUACAGCCGGAAGUUUUUAUCAGGAUUUGGUAGGUACAAAGUGCCGGUUGUACUAGCCAGGAUGGCGUGAUUGAUGACGAAUCGCUUGUAAAAACGCGGACAAAUAUUUGCUCGAGUUACGCUUCUGGUAUAACUUCCUAUUCUGUGGCCUUACCUUCAUUUAUGAUGCGGGCGGGCGGGUGGUUAGGACUAUAGGACAUAAUUACAAUUGUGGCUUUACCCACAUUUUUUGUCUUGUCCCUUUUCAUGCUAAUUGUAUCAAAUUGUUAUGAAAUUUUACAUAAGAUUACAAAGGAUUUUACAUAUCAAAAUGAUCUAUUAAUAUUUCUAGUUUUUUUUUACCUCGUAAUAUCGAUAAGGCAGCGGUUUUUACCAUUCAAUACUACAUUUUGCUAGGUCUUUUUAGUGUAAAUUGAAUAUUUAUCGUUCUAUAAGUUAAAUCCUUCGCAAAAAUUUUCAAGAACUAGAAAUUAAUUGUAAAUAACAAAUUAGUCCUGAAAUAAUACUUUAGGGAGAAAGGACGCGGGCGGCGGACCAGAAACUAAAGAUUAACUUGUAGUGGCCUAACCGUUGCAAUGCUGUCACCAUGUGACAGUGCCAGUGUGCUUAGGAGAGGCAUUCACCCCCCUGAAAAUACUCAAAAUGGGGGGCAUUCAGGGGGAUGAAUGCCUCUCGUAAGUGCACUUGCUAGGAACAUGGCUAGUGCAUUUUGAUGAUGAAUCAUGGCGUGGUAGAGCGGUUAUGCUUUUUUGCUUGAAAUCAUAACGCACAAUACAGCAUUUACCCACAAUCCUUUGUAAACUUAGGGAUGACGGUUUUAUCACAGAAUAGGAAGUUAUACCAGAAGCGUAACUCGAGCAAAUAUUUGUCCGCGUUUUUACAAGCGAUUCAUCAUCAAUCACGCCAUCCUGGCUAGUACAACCGGCACUUUGUACCUACCAAAUCCUGAUAAAAACUUCCGGCUGUACUAGCCAGGAUGGCGUGGCCUGACGUGAGCGAGUUAAAAUUUUCGUGGACGUCAAACAAUAAGGGAAACGACUAGAGUUACGCUUCUGCUAUAACUUCCUAUUCUGUGGUUUUAUGUUCUUGCCCAAACACGCUAUUACCAAAACGGCAAACUAUCCAAGUUAACAUCAAAGCGGUUUUAAAUUUUGGGCAUGUUUCUCAGCAGAACAGAAUUGUUAAGAUGUCUUUUGUGUCUCAAGCAACUGCCAAAAGUGCCACUCUAGCACCCCCCCAAGCAAGAAUCAAACUUGUGGUCCGGUGGUAUUUUCAAUGCAUCUUCGGUGGUAUUUUCAAUGCACAGUUACAGAGUCUAGUUGCAAAGAGUAAAAACCUUUGAGUAAAAACCUUGCAUCAGUAAGACUAUUUCAACAAGUUGUACAUUUCUUGCAAAAUCAUACACUUUUAACAUGAACUACAAAUUAUAAUGUACAAAAUUGCCUGCCACUUUCUCUUUGCUAUGGAUUGAGAUACAAAUACAAAUACCUAUGCUUGUACAGAGUGUUCGUUCUAUACACUGACUAUGAUAAGGUAGCAACUCUGCGCUAUUUUCACGGUAUGGCUUGAUAUUUAUUUUAAUUUAUUUUUCAUCGCACCAGAUCAGAGAUUGGGGUGAGGAAAAGGAGGAAGGCGCGAUAUACCAUGUUGUUUUGAAGAAAGUUCGUUACCACACAACAAACAAGCUUCCAUUUAACGAUGAAUUUGUUUCACAUUUGGAGUGGGAGACUCAGAAACGACGAACAAUCAAAGCUGGGACUCUGGCAAAGUUGGUCGAACAUUUGGUCCCAGCAAACGAUCAUAUUGAUGAGAUUGAUACUGGAUUUCUGACUGUCUUUCUUACUAUGUAUCAAACCUUUUCAUCAACUGAAGAAGUUGUGGCUCUGUUGAUCGAUAGGUAAUCAAUAAUAUUGGCAAUGCAUGUAAUCAAUAAUUGUAGUUGAUAGAAUCCAUAUAAUCACCAGUAGAGGUUAGGGCUUUGUUAAUUGAAAACAAAUACUUGUAUCCAGGAUAAUAGAAUGCAUUUAUAACAAUAAUUUCUAUAAAUGGAACUAAUUUCGUGAAUUUGUUUAGGUUCAAAUCAGUAAAGAGGAAAAAAUUAUCUAGCGAUUUCGAAAAUUUUGUAAGGUAUUUCCCUAUAUUCAUUUUUAAUACUUUAUUAGAAUUUUUAUUUUUAUUAAAAUUUCCAUCUUACUUUAGCCACCGACAUUUGUAGUAUUGAAUGCUAUUCCUAUACUUGUAAGAACUGCAAGAAGUUUGAAUCGCCCAAACUCAUGCAGUUACAGAAAUCACAACCAUUUCAGUUUUUGAUACUUUUUUACUAGGGUGACGAUUAAUGUUCUAUGGGUGUGGUUAGAAAACUUCCCUGGUGACUUUAAAAGAGACUCCAGUUGUAAAUUACUGAAACAACUGCAGACGUUUGCGAAGAACGAGCUAAAGGGAAAACAUGGCGAGGAAGUCCUGAGAAAGACACAGCAAUUGCUGGAUAAUACUUCACCUUCUCAUGGUAGGUUUGCAAGAUUUUAGACAAUACACCCUUCUGAAAAGUACUUAGCCUUGUCUGUAGAGCCUCAAUGCUCAGGACAGUUUAGAACAGAUAGAGCUAUCCACUAUAAACAAAUUAUGUCUUUUCUUAGUAAUAUUCAAAUCAAGUGAUGUGGCCAGAAGCGAUGGAGGUGAAAGUGGAGAAAGUAUCUCGUUUGCAGAAACCUGGGGACUAAUUGAUUAUUCGCCAACUGAAAUUGCAGAGCAAUUGACAUUAAUCGAUGCUGUAUGUAUUGUGUUUGGUUACAUUCUGUUUGCUAGAUGUUAUAUAAUACUUCAUUCACGAAGAGAUUGUAGAGAGUUUGGCAACUGACAACAGCAAUGACUUCGAACAUUUUAACUAUAUUUUUAAUUACAUACAGGACCUGUUCAAGGCGGUCAUACCUCGGGAUUGUGUAGGAUGUGUGUGGUCAAGGCGGGAUAAAAAUGAAAAUAAAAACAGACCAUCAAGUGUUAAAGCUACGGUCGAACAAUUCAAUGCUGUCUCACGACGAGUGAUUACGACCAUACUUUUCGGGGAGUCUCGGGGAAGUCCGAGUAUUAUGCGACGAGCAAAACGUCUCGAGGCGUGGAUCGAAAUAGCGCAGGUAUGGUAAAACAAUUUACAAUGUUUCAUUGUCCACCGGGCCCUUUCUAUCUUUUUGUUUGACUGCCUGUUUGUUUGCCUGUCUAUUUGUCAGAUCUCUGUUUUCAAAAGUCUGAACUCCUUUUUCAAAUGCCAAAACUUCGUUUUCAAAUGCCAGAACUCGGUUAAAUUGACAAUAUGAAACAUAACUCAAAAAAUUAUCAAGCUGUGAUGAAAUUUUUGUCUAGACUUGUCUAGAUUAAAAUUUUGUUCAUUAGGUAGUAGGUCCAUUGGCUUAGUUUAAUUUAAAAUAAAAAUUAGGAACAAAAAGCUACAUAUCAUUUCAUUGCUCUGUUCAUUUUUACCUAUAGGGAUGCAGAGAUCUGAAGAACUUUUCCUCGUUAAAAGCAAUCAUGUCAGCUCUCCAGUCAGCUCCAAUACAUCGGCUGAAGAAAACCUGGGGCUCUAUAUCAAGGUAAAGCCUUGGGCAAACUAGAAAACAUUGUUGCAGAAACAUUGUGAUUCGCCAUGUUUCCUCAAGUAUUUCUGUGUUUGCCCACCCGUGGAAACAUUGUUGCAGCAACACAAUUUGCUUUCCAAGAAGCAGAAAUGUUUCCUAUCAAAUUCAGAAACAUUUCAUGUUUCCCAAGAUACGAUUUUUGUUCCAGUAACAUUAUUCCCUAGUGUUUGCCCACCUUGGGAAACAUGACGAAACAUUGGCAGGAAACAAUGUUUCCUAGUUUGCCCAGGGCUCAACACAGGAAAAACUAUGCACUAUAACUAACUGUAGGUCGAAUAUGUGACAGUGUUGAUCUAGGUAAAUAGAACCUACACAUGUACAUCAGUCGUAGGAACAGGGUCUUAGCUAGGAUUUUAGAUCUUGGGCGUGUUUCUAAUGACCAGGGCGUGCACAUGUCAAUUGACCACUUGCGUAAUAGACCAAAUUUUGAUCUCAACAAAAAUUUCAUCACAGCUUGAAAGAGCAUCACAAAAUUAGUAAUAUUCCAAAGUUUCGUUGCGAAAUGUUGUAAAAUGCGGAAAAUAUACCCUUGCGAAGUUUGCGAUUUUCAGUCAUUUUAGAUUACAAACGGGAAAUUGACAUCCCCAAACCCUUUGAGGCUGUCAAUUUCCCGUUUGUAAUCUAAAAUGACUGAAAAUUCAAAACUUCACAAGGCUAUAUUUUCCGCAUUUUACAACAUUUCGCAACGAAACUUUGGAAUAUUACUAAUUUUGUGAUGCUCUUUCAAGCUUUCAAUUUUUGUCUAGACUUGUUUAGAUCAAAAUUUAGUCUAUUACGCAAAUGGUCAAUUACCUUGAAUAGCAGAAUCAUGGCUCUAGUUAUGCUCGCCAACAACAAUGCCUGUGGUUGUUCUAUGCUUUGCAACCAAAUACAAGGGAGCAUACGCUCAUAUUGCGCACUGACAUUGAAAUAUUAAGUUAUUUCAACAACUGUUGGGGGUAUUUAAAACCAUUUUAACACCAUACAGUUCCCAUUAUCCAUCAAAACAUUAAAACAUCACGGAUCACUUUUGCCAAUUCAACAACAACAGUAGAUUCUACAAACUUUCUUGACGUAAAUAGAAAGAAAUUCUGUCUGUUGUAAGUAGCAACACGUUAUUUUAUGAACCUACAUGGCCUUAUAUAAAUAGUGAAGCCGCGUUCAUUUUAUCUAGCCGUGUUUUUCCACUUUUGGCUGCGAUAACACGGCCAACACGGCCCUCUAGCUAAGACCCUGCGUAGGAAUAAUGUCAUACAGUUGAUGAAUUGAACUUAGGCUAUAAAUUAACUCUAUAUAAACUGGAUAACUGUAUCAGUUCUUUACUGUUCUUUCUAGAAAUAUAGUGAAGGUCCAUUAUUACUACAAACUUUAUUUAUACUCGCUUAAGCCAUUGUGCAUGUUGCUUUUUAAUUUUGCAGAAGUCAUCAUUCAUCCUUUGAAGAGCUUUCAACACUUGUAUGUGAAGACAGCAACCAACAGAUUGUGCGAGAACUGUUGAAGAAGGUUCGUUCAUCUGUACUGUAGCAGUACUGGUUCAGUGAAAUCUCCAUUGCUAUGCAAUGCAAUUGCUCACUGAGUUUGGGUCUGCAUUUUCAGGAAGGUACAGCUAAAACUGUUGAGUUCAAAAAGAAGACAUCGUUAACCAGAAAAGGAAUCCACCAACGACAACCUGAAAAUGUAAGUUUUUCUAUUGAUUAUAAGCCGCCGUGGUGUGAGCCUGAACUACCUGAAAAUUAUUAACCCACUAAUGCGCCCAAUUAGGCAAUUACCCUGUCUAACACCAUACAAUUGGAAGAGUCUUGUGCUUUAAUGUGUUAACCACACUAUCUGGCAAUGUGUCCUGUUAACCCAUAAAUCUAUAAAUCUGCAAUGCACUUAAAUGCAGUGCACCCUACUUUAUUACUUUACUUUGUCCAAUGCAAGAUGAUUUUACUCAUCAACAAGAGUCUUGUAGAGCACUACCAGCCGAACCUACAGUGGAUUCCACUUUAAGCUUCCAUUUAUUACUUGCAAUAAAUAAUGGCCGAUUAAAAAGAAGAUUAAUGUUCCUUUCUCACAGGGUUAUAUUAGUGGAACAGUACCAUAUUUAGGAACCUUCCUCACAGAUCUCAUGAUGUUGGAUACUGCUUGCCCAGACAUGAUCGAUGUAAGUUUGAAUCUAUACCACCCAUUUCUCUUACACAUAAAUUUUAACUGUGUGGAUGCGUUUGUUCCAUUCUAUGCUUUCAUUAUCAGAACAGUGGUGUUAAGGCAUUCGUAAGGUUUACAAAGUUUGUUUAAGAGGCGAUCGUUGAUAUUAAAGUAAUUUGCAUGUCUUAUAACCUUUCUUGUGUUCAUUUCUAGGGAAAUCUAAUCAAUUUUGAAAAACGACAAAAGGUUUGUAUUCUCAUUUCACAUUUUGUUAUAAGAAUAUGCAUCCAAAUGUUGGCAAAAUUGUAAAUUCAUAUUUGCCAGUAAAGUUUUGAUUAUAUAUACCAUAAAUGGUUGAUUUUACGUAACAAAUAUUGUGUGCAAUUUUUGUGUCAAGCUUAAUGUACCUGAUUUAUUUUUUGUCUAUUGCUCAGGAAUUCGAGAUAAUUGCCCAAAUCAGGUUGUUUCAAGAAGCGGCGAAGAAUUACUAUAUUUUACCAGAUAAUGAUUUCCGAAUGUGGUUUGAUUCUCUGGAAACACUAACAGAGAAUGAAUAGUGAGUGAAGAUUUUACUAACUUUAUUUAUGCUGGAUAGCUCUACCAGGGGCCGAUUGUACAAAAGCCAGAUAGCACUAUCCAAAAUUGUUGAAGAAUACGAAUGUUCUCAUCGAGAUGUUUCACAAGCUAUAUAAAGCAUUCGCGUCCAUGUUGUAUCGAACAUACAACCUCUCGCCUUUGGUUGUAUAUCUGAUACAACAUGGCUCAUGCUUUACUUAUUACUUGUGAAAUUUAUAGUUUUCCUCGUGUUCUUUCAGCUUCACAUUAUCAUGCAGCUUGGAGUCAGGUUCUCUACCAAAAAGACAGGGUUCACUUUUCAAAUCCAGGUAAUUUUAAUCAGGCUUGCUGUAACAUCAACCCAUUCAGUGGCAGCACUCUCCACUUGAUGAGUAAAAUCGUCUGGCAUUAGACAGUAACAUACUAAAGUAGGACGCAUCAGGGUACAUUGCCACUUAAAGGAUUAAGAGGAUUCAACCCAUUGAGUGGCAGCACUCUCCAGUAAAAUCGUCUGGCAUUAGACAGAGUAAAAUACUAAAGUAGGUUGCAUCAGGGUAUAUUACAAACAUGCACUAUCCAAAACUUUCAAAUGUGACGAUCCGCGCACCUGGAAAUCAGUGUGUGUAAAGAGCAAAAGAGCCAGAUCGCUUAACAUUCUAAUAAGUUGUUGUUAGUCCUAUAUUAUUGAACAUGGACAGUAUAGAUUUCCGUUAUUAGUUUUAGUUUGCUAAGUUGCAUUGAAAAUUUGUUUUGUACAGUAAUUUAAUUCUUGUCUAUAUGGGAUCGCCGUAAUUGGGGAAACCUGUGGCGAAUUCCCUGGCUCUAUAUGUUGUAUUUAAAUAGUAGCCGAAUCUUAUUAAAUCAUUAAAUCAUUGCCAUUUAAAGUGUUAAUUCAGGAAAAUAGAUAGGUUGCCUUACUAUAGUUAUCAGAGUGAGAAUUUGUUGGAAAAUAAAUAGAAUGAGAGAUUUUAUCGAAAUAUGAUUUUAUUGCUCCUGUAAGUGUCAACAUUUCUGCAGUUGGUGAUAUCUGUUAUUCUUCUUCUUGUAGGAAAAUGAAAAGUGAAAACGAUCUGGUGAAAGCGAGUUCUUUCAAAGACGAAAGGGAUGGUCUAGCCUCCAGACGACAGAUUUCUCAUUCCUCAAUGCGCGCAGAAGGAUGUCCCAGGAUAUAUGGGUGUGGUCACAUCAUUCGUGUGUCUAUGCAAGGCGAGGAUAGUUGCAAUCUAUACAAAAGUAUAUGGGUAAGUGUGGACCAUCGUUCUGGAGUCACAGCUAGUGUUACGUAUAUUGUUGGAGUUAUGUAUCGUAAUUAUUGAACAUUAACCCACUAAGCUGCAGAGCUUCCCCGUUGAUGAGUAAAAUCAACCGGCGUUAAACCAGGAAAAAAAAAGUAGGGUGCACUGGGGUGCAUUGCGGCUCAAUGGGUUAAUCAAGAUAUCUGCCCAAUGCGUCUAGUUAAAGAGAAUCGUAUAUGUGGGAUUGUAGUGUAAUUUGAGACAAUAGACUAUUCACUCAUAUGUAAAUGUUUGGUUAUCUUUGUUCCAUUCUAUCCCUAUAUUAUCAGAACAGUGGCAACUAGGCAUGUUAGUUAACACAAAAUAUAAAUUGGGUGAAAAUGGUCAUAAAUAUCCAGAAAUUUAAGACAUACUUUAAACUUGUUUUCUGCUGUUAUAUCGCAUGGUACCGCAGCAUUUUCUUUUGUGUCAUGAUUAGUUUUGCCCAAGUGUAAGAAAUACAAUACCAUACGUUUCUGUAUGAUACAGCUUUUACUCCUCAGAAUUUUCUUUUUGAUACAAGCUAUUCUUCAAUUAGGUCGCAGAAGGUGAUCGAACCCCAGCGAUCAUAAAGAGAAGUCUAAUGAAACAUCACAUCAAUGGGGAACAACCCAACGACUAUACAUUGGUUCAAAUAUUGCCUAACGGAAGUAAGUGAACGAAAUAACUAAAAGAACCGAAGAAUGAUUAGACUGCAGUUACAUCUAAACUCUUUCUAAAGCCCUGGGGCUGGUUGUUCAAAAGCAGAUUAGCUUAACCCUGGCUUAACUUAAAAUUCAAAAUACACUUCCAAACAGCUUGUUUAUAAAUUUGGAAAUAUUUCUUCACAAAUCAUGUCUGGAUCAAUAGAAGUUUUCUUUUCUGACAUUUUGAAAUAAAUGGACAUGCAGAAAUAUGCAAACUAAAACAGUGGGUUAAAUUUUAAACCUGGAUUAGCGGUAAUCCACCUUUGAACAACCGGCCCCCGGUCAAAUGAAAAUGAGAGUUGAUGAGAAUUGAGAAACAAGAGUUUGCAUGAGAGUUGACAUUAUGUUAUUCUUGUUUGACUGGAGCUCAAGGGUCCAGUAAGAGCCAUUUCCUACAGUUUCAGUGUUACUACAGGAAGAUACUGGACCCGUAAAAAGUACCCGUGGAAAACAUGCCUGUAUAUUUAGUUUUUUUGCAGGUAGCCAAAAAACAAUUUCAGUUAGCCUUGCGUGGUCCAAACUUGAGUUAUGUUUCAUAUUGUCAAAAUUGAGUGUCCAAACAGAGUUUUGGCAUUUGAAAACUGAGUUCUGGCAUUUGAAAACUGCGUUUUGGCAUUUGAAAACUGAGUUUUGGCAUUUGAAAACUGAGUUUUGGCAUUUGAAAACUGAGUUUUGGCAUUUGAAAACUGAGUUUUGGCAUUUGAAAACUGAGGUUUGGCAUUUGAAAACUGAGUUCUGGCAUUUGAAAACGGAGUUCUAACAUUUGAAAAAGGAGUUCUGGCAUUUGAAAAGGUAGUUCUGGCAUUUGAAAACGGAGCUCUGGCAUUUGAAAAGGGAGCUCUGGCAUUUGAAAAGGGAGUUCUGGCAUUUGAAAAGGGAGAUCCGACAAAUAGACAGACAAACAAACAGACAGUCAAGCCCCGGUGGACAUAGAGUAGAAAACCUGUGUUAGAGUCAAACUGGAAGCACUCUUUCAAAGACGACUGAGAUGAAAUUAUAAUAGAGUAGAAAACCUGUGUUAGAGUCAAACUGAAAGCACUCUUUCAAAGACGACUGAGAUGAAAUUAUAAUCAGACAAUUUCAUAUUGCAGCUAGGAAUGGAAGCUUGUACAACCAAAAUUCCGCAGAUGACUUACUUCUCAAAAUCUUAUUUUCAGAUGAAGUAAUCAUUCCCAGGAAUGCGAAUGUCUAUUAUGCUAUGGCUACAAGCAGCAAAGGUGAAGCACUGUAUUUCGUUUUACGAAAAGAUCCAACAUAAACAUUCUUAGAUAGGUAAAAACAGUCCACCAAAAUAACUGCGAACAGACGAUACCAUCCUGCUUCCUAUAAACUGCUGCUUCACCACACAAGGACCAGCUGAAUUUGUAGCAAAUUCUGGAGCUGCUUUCGAUGGUAUAUACAUGCAUAUCCUGCAGACAACAUUUCCCUAAAAUAGCUAAAUCAUAAUGCCUUUAUUUUUAUAAACCAUUUGAUUUGAUCUAAAUCUCACAGUAAAUUAUUGUAAAUAGAUUGAACGACAACGCAUUGAUAUGCUCAUAUUUUAUUCAAAUUGUAUUCUAUGUAUAUACUGCAUGUACAGAUGAUAUAAAUAUGGGGUUAAUUACUUAAUUUUAAAUUAAUCAAUGAUUACAAAUGUGUAUGUAUAUUAACUUGAUCUAUGCAACAAGAUUGAGUGAACAAAAUCCUGACUUAACGUGGUGGACUUAUUUGAAAAGUUAGUGGUAGGCACAAUGUAUAUUGGGUGAACAAUUCAACACUGUACCAUGUACAUUAAAUUUAACCUGUGCUUUGUGACAAAAUGUGAUUUUUGAUCUUAUUUAUCUUGGGUUGAUUAAAAACAAAAGAAUUUUCUAAUUGUUUGACUGUUUAAUUUAUUGACAUCUUUUUUAAAAAGGUACAGAAAAUUUAAUGUGCAUUAUUUUGUUAUUUACUCGAUAUACAACAGGAUUUAAAUUGUUAAGAAAAAUGUUGGGUGUGAAUAGGUUAACCAGAUAAUUUUCCCACAUGGCUUGCUAACCCAGUAUGGUGCAAUGUGCCCUACUUUCUUUAUUUUACGCGUCUAAUGCCACAUUUUACUUGUCAAGGGGAGAGUCUUGUACUUUAAAGGCUUGUUUACACUUUAGGUGCGACUUUCUUCUGAUGCAUGUGAACGAGUGAAUGAGUUCUGAAUGUUCAGAUGAGAGUACCAUAAGAUAUCUAUGGAGAGUACAUGUACUCCAAACAUUCGUAACUCAUGUACUCGUUCCCAUGCAUCAGAAGGAGAAAAUCACCCUAGAAAUCGCAGCAAAAAUUGCAAGUGUAAAAGGCCUAAUAAUUUUACUCAGCGUGUACAUUAAUUUAACCAUUGCUUUGUGACGAAAUGAGAUUUUUAUUUUGCCCAGUGCAAAGCAGCAGAUGAAAACCUGGAAUUUAGAACAUGCAAUGGAAUUAAGAGAUAAAUAACUACAUGGACUGAUAGACAGAAAUUUCAAGAAUUCUAUAUUUUUAGCAUUUAUUAGAAAUACCUUGUAAUACAGGAAGCAACAGACUAUAAAAAAGAUAUGCUAGACUAAUUGUUUCUACUCGUGCAAUGAAAAAUUAUGCAUAUGUUAGCAUAUAAAUUUCAGAUUUCACACAACUUAAUGAUUAACUGUUCAUUGUUACUCCAGUUUACUUUGGUUGGUCAGUGAGUCUGAUGUAAGCCUUACCAGAAGGCACCUGGGCAACGUCCACACCCGUAGGGAACAGUUUCCCAAAAUCUUCAGGCUUGACCCAAGGGGCGACCAUAACUUUUUCACCUUGCUGUAAAUAAAAGUAAAAACAUUCAACUGAGGCUUUCAAGACUUGUGCUUUAUUGAUGGCUUUCUGUCAGGGCCGUGACAACCAGUAUCUGAUUGGAGGGGGGGGGGUGUAUUAAAAAAUUUGGGUCCAUUCCAGGGGGGGGGGUGAGUCAACACAAUGUUUACGAAAACAAAAGUUCCCAAAAAUUUUUCGCACUAGUAGUUUUCGACCUAAAUUUUCAAACAAAACAAAUCCUUAAUUUCACAAAUUUAGCAAAUUCCAGCAUGCCAGGGCCCCCUUCUCACAAGUUGGGCCCCCUUUUUUACUUUUCUUUAGAGGGGGGAGUGUUACACCCGGACACCCCCCUCCCCCAGGUGUUCCAGGCCUGCUUUCUGUGAAGAUAAGACCAUCAAUAAUAACCAUCAAUAAUAAUCCUUUCAAUAGACUUGGAACAAGUAACAUUAACAAAAUGUCAAAAUGAAGAACUUGUUUUGUUUACUAACCUUCCAGUCUACUGGUGUUGCAACUGCCUUAUGCUUUGCUGUCAAUUGGACUGAGUCAAGAACACGUAGGAUCUCACUAA